GUUUUCUCCUCCGUUAAUCGUCCAUAAAGAAACCUUUCCAAAACCUUUGUCAUCUUAUCGUUCUGUUCCUCGCACUCUCGGUCAUAUCUGAGCCUCCAAAAAUGGCGACGCAAACCCUCUGUCGCGCUCUCCUCUCAAAGCCCAAACCCAUUUCUUCUUUCCUCUUCCCUUCGUGCCGCUCUUUCUCCUCUUCCUCCACUGCUGCCGCUUCCUUCACCAAAACUCUUAUCGCCCCAUCGCCACCCGCUUCCCUCUCCUUCCUUCGUCGCAUCCGUGCCCCGCCUUUCUACUCGCCACUCCUUCGCGAUUCACUUUUCCCAUCCUUCAAAUCGUUCUCCACUCACGCAUCCAGGUCCUCCCUCAAUGACCCCAACCCUAACUACUCGAACAGGCCCCCAAAAGAAACGAUUUUGCUCGACGGAUGUGAUUUUGAGCAUUGGCUCGUUGUGAUGGAGCCGCCUAAAGAGGAUGCCACUCGGGAUGACAUUAUUGAUUCCUAUAUCAAAACUCUAGCUCAAGUAGUGGGCAGCGAGGACGAAGCAAGGAUGAAAAUUUAUUCGGUUUCUACCAGACACUAUUAUGCAUUUGGAGCUCUUGUGUCCGAAGAGCUUUCUUACAAGAUCAAAGAACUUCCUGGAGUUCGAUGGGUUCUUCCAGAUUCUUACCUAGAUGUGAAGAAUAAGGAUUAUGGAGGAGAACCUUUUAUCAAUGGGCAAGCUGUGCCUUAUGAUCCAAAGUAUCAUGAGGAAUGGGUGAGGAACAAUGCUCGAGCGAACGAAAGAAAUAGGCGAAAUGAUCGACCUCGGAAUUAUGAUAGAUCAAGAAAUUACGAGAGGAGAAGGGAGAAUAUGCAGCAGCAGCCCAAUAGGGAGAUGGCUCCUCCGAACCAGGGCAUGCAAUAUGCAGCAGGUGGAAUGCCACCACCAAACAACAUGGGAAGAAUGCCACCCAACAACAACAUGGGAAGGAUGCCACCCAACAACAACAUGGGAGGGAUGCCACCCAACAACAACAUGGGAGGGAUGCCACCCAACAACAACAUGGGAGGGAUGCCACCCAACAACAACAUGGGAAGGAUGCCACCACCAAACAACAUGGGAGGGAUGCCACCAAACAACAUGGGGAAUAUGGGGAAUGCACCACCAAAUCAAGGAUGGUCCGGUAAUGCUCAGAAUUUCCAAAACCGUCCUAAUUAUGGAAAUGCUCCCGGGAAUAAUCAGAAUUUUCAAAAUGGCCCUAACUAUGGAAGUAAUCCCAAUGCUCAGUACCAGGACAACUAUCCUCCAAACGUUGGUGGAGGAAACAAUCCUGAUAGGAACUAUUGAUCCUAGUUCUUUGUCCUAGAUGAAUUCUGAGACUAUUUUAGUUUUUAGGUAAUGCUGUAAAUAAAGAAAAAAUGCCUAGACAUGGUUAUUGGCUACUAUAGAAUUGCUGUACGCUUGUUGAUGAUUAUGAUAUUUUGAUGUCACAUGAACUUUUGUGUGUU